UCUGAGUCCUCCAGAUAGUCCAGACUCCAGUCUCCACCAGUCUCUGGUGGUUCUCUCACGGAAUACUAGUCCUCCUGGUCCUGGUCCGGGUUCUCUGAGGAUACUCAACCAAGAAGAUGACCCAUUUUAAUAAAGGACCAUCUUAUGGACUAUCUGCUGAAGUCAGGAGCAAAAUUGCUCAGAAAUAUGACCCACAAAAGGAGGAGGAGCUCCGGUCCUGGAUUGAAGAGGUGACGGGAAUGACUAUCGGAGAGAACUUCCAGAAAGGCCUGAAAGAUGGAGUCAUCCUCUGCGAACUGAUUAAUAAGAUUCAACUUGGUUCAGUAAAGAAGACCAACCUCUCACAGCUGAACUGGCACAAGCUGGAGAACCUUGGGAAUUUCAUCAAAGCUAUCCUGGCCUAUGGCCUAAAGCCCAAUGACAUCUUUGAGGCCAAUGACCUGUUUGAAAACGGGAACAUGACUCAAGUCCAGACCACACUGCUCGCGCUGGCCAGCAUGGCAAAGACCAAAGGUAUGGACUCAAAGUUUGACAUCGGGGUGAAAUAUGCAGACAAACAGGCUCGACAUUUUGACGAUGAGAAGAUCAAGGCCGGUCAGUGCGUCAUCGGACUGCAGAUGGGGACAAACAAGUGUGCGAGUCAGGCUGGAAUGACUGCUUAUGGAACCAGAAGACAUCUGUAUGAUCCAAAGACUCAGACCGACAAACCCUACGACCAGACCACCAUCAGCCUGCAGAUGGGAACCAACAAAGGAGCCAGCCAGGCGGGCAUGUCGGCCCCCGGUACCCGCAGAGACAUCUACGACCAGAAGGUGGCACAGCAGCCGCUGGACAACUCCACCAUCUCCCUCCAGAUGGGCACCAACAAGGUGGCGUCCCAGAGGGGCAUGAGCGUGUACGGCCUGGGUCGACAGGUCUACGACCCCAAGUACUGCGCCCCCCCGACGGAGCCGGUCGUCCACGCCAACGGCAGCCAGGGCACCGGCACCAACGGCUCUGAGAUCAGCGACAGUGACUAUCAGGAGGCGGAGUUCCAGGAGGACGAGUUCCACGGGGGUUACCAUGACGACUACAACUCCCAUUACAACGACCAGGGCAUUGACUAUUAGCGGAGACCUCCACCUCCAGAGCAGUAUUAACUAGUGUAUUUUAUCAACUACACAACAGAGCAAGUCUUUUGCCAUCCUCACUAGUAUUUUUAUUUUCUUGAAGCGUACGAUGAAAUGAUGCUUUCCUUCUUCACCUAUAGGCGCUUUGACGUGAGCAGCCGAGGAGCUGUAGUGGCGUAGGAUGAUACGAUACAGUGAUGAACGUGUUUUAAGCUUAAGAGCAUUCCUUUUUUUAAUACCCACUUUUUAAAAGGUGGAACACUGAAGUAGUGAUAACUUUAUGGGCCGGUGGUGUAGCGUCAGGUGAAGCUGCUGCAGUCCAGUGUUUGUGUUCCUGGACUGAAACUGGGCUGAUGAUCCGCGUGAUAGGAGCUCAACGAUAGGCUGCUCCCGUCGGUCUGUAUCCAGCCACUGUAACCCAGCAUCACUCUGUGAUACGCUGGUGUUCUUUACUACAUUUAAUCACUCGAUAGUGUUUUUUAUUAUGGUGGCUGUUCAGACUGUAUUUACAGACACACUUCCUUAUUCCAUUACAUGACCUUUAUUUUCAUAUUAUUCCCCCUUGUAUUCCCGAACUGUAUUUAUUGCAAUGUCUCCCAACAGUCUACUGUUAUAUGGUUCAUAAAGAAAAUGGUAUGUUAUAAAUAAAGCCUUAAAAUUCUUCAAUUCUG